AUGGAACUCAAUCCCAAGAGACCAGCACAGCAGGAACCUCCUCAACCUGUUCUCUCUCGUUCUUACCUCUUCUUUGAUACCUUCCCCUUUUCUCCGGCAUCCCAGAUCUCUGGUAGACCUGCCGGACCACCUUCCAUUAGCCUCUACCCCGACAAUCUUUAUGUUCGUGCUGUGGCCUUUCCCAACCCCAAUACCGUGUUGUCAGCCUCGCGAGAUGCAACCCUUCGGCUCUGGAAGCUGGUCUCUACCCCGCCCCCAACGUACGACUAUAUCAUCACAUCCCACGGCUCGGGAUUCAUCAACACCCUAGCUUACUACCCUCCAACCCCCGAUUUUCCCCAAGGACUUGUGCUCUCUGGCGGUCAAGACACUAUCAUAGAGGCACGACAGCCUAGUAAAGCUGCAGAUGACAAUGCAGAUGCUAUGCUACUGGGUCAUAGUCACAACGUAUGCGCAUUAGAUGUAUGCCCUGAAGGAGGAUGGGUCAUAAGCGGUAGUUGGGAUUCAACUGCUAGGCUAUGGCGUGUUGGCAAGUGGGAGCCAGAGGUUGUCUUUGAGGACCACCAGGGUAGUGUCUGGACAGUGUUGGCCUAUGACAAGGAAACAGUCAUUACGGGCUGUGCGGAUAGCAUAAUUCGGAUAUUCAACACCUCUGGAGCCCUUAUAAAGAGCAUCAAAGAUUCCCGAGAUGUUGUCAGGGCUCUUUGCAAACUUCCUGCUUUCAAUCCCAUGGGUGCACACUUUGCCUCGGCAGGUAAUGACAGUGUUAUUCGACUCUUCACCAUACAGGGCAAACAAGUUGCGGAACUGCAUGGUCACGAAAGCUUCAUUUACUCUUUGGAUGUCUUGUCGUCGGGUGAACUAGUCAGUUCCGGAGAAGAUCGAACGGUGAGAGUCUGGAACGGUACACAGUGCGUGCAAACUAUCACUCAUCCAGCAAUUUCGGUAUGGAGUGUAGCUGCUUGUAAGGAGUCUGGCGACAUCGUUACUGGCGCUAGUGACCGUAUCACCCGCGUCUUUACCCGGAGUGAGGAGCGAUUGGCAAGCCCCGAGGUCGUGCAACAAUUUGAGCAGACUGUCAAAGAGUCGGCAAUUCCAGAACAACAGGUGGGGAAUAUCAACAAAGAGAAGCUUCCAGGGCCCGAAUUUCUUAAGCAGAAAUCCGGCACUAAAGAUGGCCAAGUGCAAAUGAUACGUGAGGAUAAUGGUAGCGUGACUGCGCAUACAUGGUCCGUGGCGUCGCAAGAAUGGGUCGCUGUGGGUACGGUGGUUGACUCUGCAGCAAGCAGCGGAAGAAAGAUUGGGUAUUUAGGCCAAGAUUACGAUUACGUCUUCGACGUUGACGUUGAAGACGGAAAACCUCCUCUCAAACUACCCUAUAAUGUUUCGCAGAACCCGUACGAGGCUGCAACGAAAUUCAUCCAGGAUAAUGAACUACCCAUGAGCUACCUUGAUCAGGUCGCCCAAUUCAUUGUUCAAAACACACAGGGUGCGAACCUCGGGCAGUCCUCUCAGGAUGCCACGCCUGCAGGUGCUGAUCCCUGGGGUCAAGAGAAUCGUUAUCGCCCAGGAGAUGCUUCCGCCACGCAACCGCCAUCGAUUCCCGGGCCACGUCCCAAAGUCCUCCCGCAGAAGUCAUAUCUAUCCAUCAAAACCGCAAAUCUGAAGGUUAUAGCCAAGAAGCUGGGUGAGAUAAAUGAGCAGCUUGUAUCGUCAGGAUCAAAAGACCUGUCGUUGAGUCCCUCGGAGGUGGAGACGGUGGUUGCGCUGUGUAGCGAACUGGAGGCCUCAGAGCAACCUAAGCAAUCACCUGUCAUUGAAGCUGGAAUUCCCUUGCUAUUCAAAGUCGCAACAGUGUGGCCCGUAUCGAACCGACUGCCCGGUUUGGACCUCCUUCGUCUACUAGCAGCUGCUACUCCUGUGACUGCCACUACGGAUUACAAUGGCCAGGAUCUUUUCACCGGUCUCCAAGCCAGUGGAGUAUUCGAUGUUCCCCUAAAUGUGAAUAACGCAAUGUUGUCCGUCAGAAUGCUGGCCAACCUCUUUGAAACCGACACCGGCCGCCAAUUGGCCGUGAGAAGAUUCAAUCAGAUCGUCACCGCGGUCAAAUCCGCCUUGUCCAACGGUGGGGCCAAUCGCAAUCUUACCAUCGCAGUAGCGACGCUCUACAUAAAUUUCGCAGUCUAUCUAACCUCUGAAGGUAGAGAGUCCGCUCCUGAAUCAUCCGAGCGAGGCUUGGUGCUUCUUGCGGAGCUCGCGUGGAUGGUUUCCGGAGAGAAGGAUUCAGAGGCAGCCUAUCGAGGUCUUGUCGCUCUAGGAACAUUGGUCAAGGCCCUAGGAGAGGAGGUCAGAAGUGCCGCUAAAGAGAUCUACGAUGUUGGUCAAAUGCUUGGAACCAUGUCCGGUUCUAGUAUUGGAAAGGAGCCCAGAGUUAAAGGUAUUAUUAGCGAGAUUAGAGAGCUGAUGUAA